AUGUGGCUCCAAGUCUGGUUAUUUGCUGGGCACCCGACCCAUGGCGAUGCCAGCACUGCCCCCGCCACCCAGGCUCUCCCCUUCCUCGUAACUAUUCUUCACCUCCCUGGCCCCAGGAGCCAGGAGGCAGUCAUGGAGAACCUGCAGUUCCGUGGACUGGCCGUUCCCAGGCCACUGACCGCCACCCUGUUCCUCUUUGGAGUCUUUGCCAAGGCUGUUCUCCUGCCUAGAAUGCCUUCUCCCCCAGACCCCCACCCCUGGCCACAUCCAGUCUCCAUGGUUGGCUCAAGUCUCAUCUUUCCUAUAGCUUCCCUUGGACUCUAG